AUGAUGCAUGCCCGAGACUUCACUGUCUCUGCCAUGCAUGGAGAUAUGGACCAAAAAGAACGAGAUGUUAUCAUGAGGGAGUUCCACGCUGGCUCUAGCAGAGUAUUGAUUACCACUGACCUACUGGCCAGAGACAUUGAUGUGCAGCAGGUUUCCUUAGUCAUCAACUAUGACCUCCCCACCAACAGGGAAAGCUACAUCCACAGAAUCCAGCGUGGUGGACGUUUUGGCCGUAAGGGUGUGGCUAUUAACAUGGUGACAGAAGAAGACAAGAGGACUCUUCAAGACAUCGAGACCUUCUACAACACCUCCAUUGAGGAGAUGCCCCUCAAUGUUGCUGACCUCAUCUGAGAGGGGCUGUUCUGCUUCCUAGCCCCAGCCAGGGCUCACUCCUUGGAGGCGGGGCUGAGGAGCAGCAGGAGCGGGGAGGGAAGG